AUGCCGUUGCCAGAGAGACUGAACGCUGUGGAGCCCUUUGUGCGGGAGCUGUUCGAGGAGCUGCAAUCUCGCUGCGAAGAGGAGCGGGCACAAUAUGCGCUCGCUGGGCAGACUCCUUCUGCGCACAAAGCAAACUUCUGGCUGGCACAUACAGAUCCUGAGCGCAUCUCAGGCUACAUCUUCAAAUCACGACUAUUCCUCCAGGGUUUCGAUGAUUUCCGCUGCGGGGGGCACAUUUCCAAGGAGCAGCUUCGUUUCGCAGUGCUUGUGCAGCACUUCGCGUCACAGGACACGCUGGAUUUCCAGCGCAGUCGUGCACAAAGAAUGCACGACGAUAGCUUUGAAGGUGUCCUUACGCAGGGGGUGAAUGCCCAGCUUAUCACGGAUGCUCACCGAGCUGAGUGGGCAGUGGACGGUGCCGCUUACGUUUUUUCAGACUCUGUGGGCGGCGAGAGCGACGAGGAGAGGAAGCAGGCCCUGAUCGAUUUCCGAAUGGAACUUGUUGCGGCUCUGGAGCAGUUCCUGCUCGACUUCUGCAGACGGCGGCAACUUUCAGAGAACGGCACGCUGUGCCUACUGCAAGCCGUCACAACCCAGAUGUCGCAGUGCGGGCUCGCCAACCUUGACCGCUGCUCCAGAGCAGGCGAGUAUAUGGUGGGUGGUGCACGUCUCAAACAGCACGUGAAUUACAACAUCUCUUGCAUGGAUGCUGGUCCUUUGGGGGAGGCAUUGAAGCUGACCUUGGGAUGCCUCAAGGAGGGCUUCCAAUUCAUUCAGCGGACUGCACGUGCAGAAAGCGACAUGGCAGAUGACGCAUCUACACAAGGUUGCGAUCCGACGUCACGAAUGUACCAAUGCGCCACCCUUCGGUUCACAACCAAGCUGGGCCUAGAAUCGCCUCAUGGUGAGGACCAGAUCCAGUGUGAUGUCAUAGAUGUUUAUGAUGAGGUGUUCAUCAAAGAAACAUGUGGCGCUGUGAAGCGUGAGCUUCCUCAGUCGGCUCUGGGCAGCAGACCAACCGUAGAUUUGGAAAGCUUGGAUUAG